AAUUCUCUGACGGUCCGUUACAGUUAUAAUACACAUAUAACUGACUCAAUCAAUUUUGACCGUUUUUUGUGACGAUUUUGACUACGCUUUAUCUGAUAGACGACCCACGCGCAGAGAGAAAGCCAAAACAUUGGCGGCGCCUCAGUUAUAGGUGUAUUUUUCUCUCCCCCUCUGACGCAGUCCGUCGAUAAGAUUCUAGGCAGUCACGAUGCCUCACUCAUCGGACAACAAUGGACCCCUCGUGAAGCGCCAGAGAUUCAAUGCCACAGCCGAGGCGCUUCGUCCUUCGAACCCAGCCUCGCGCAUCUUUGCGCCGUUUCGGACAGUUGGCCUCGUCUCCCCAACAAACGUGCCCUUCACCUCAGUUGCCCUUGGCAAGACUACCUACCAGAUCACCACUUCCGUCGGCUGUGCUCUACAGACAUACGACCUGAAAAGGGGUCUAAACCUGGUUUUCGUUACUCGACCCCAGACACCCGAGAAGAUAACCGCGCUCUAUGCUUGGAAAGAAAAGAUUUUUGCCGCCUGGGGUGACCCUUCGAAUGGCGAGGAACAUGGCAUAUGGGUUUUCCAACGAGGUAGGAAAGUGGCGGAACUCCGGCUUCCCGACGACCUCGACCAGCCGAUUCAACAGAUUCUCGUCUUUGGUUCCUGGAUAGUCGGAUGUGCAUCGACACGCCUCGAGGUCUGGCGAACGGGCACGCUCGAGCACUACACGAGCCUGCACACAAUGGCCGGAAAGAAAGGCGACAACGAGAUUACCGGCGGCGUUGUGAACAUGCCGACCUACAUCAACAAGAUAUUCGUUGGCAGGAAAGACGGGCGGGUGGAGAUUUGGAACGUAAGCACCGGGAAGCUCAUUUACAUCAUCCUGCCCCCAUCCCCGGGCUGCGGCUCCGUCACCUGCUUGCAACCGUCGCCGGCACUAUCUCUUUUGGCCAUUGCCUACUCCAAGGGUCUUCUUGUGAUCCACAACGUCUUGACCGACCUGUCGAUCAUCCAGCUCAAUGCUGGCCACGAAGACGAACCGAUUUCGACCAUCUCUUUUCGGACGGACGGCAUGGGCGCUGGUACGGAUGGUCGAAAAGACGGUGUCAUGGCCACGGCGACGGCUUCCAGCGGUGACGUUACGUUCUGGGACCUUAAUCGUGGAGGCAGAGUCCUAGGAAUCCUCCGGAGCGCGCACAACCCUCCCAAUGAAGAUGGCCCCGUCGUUCGAGGCGGUGUGAGCAGAGUCGAAUUCCUGCCGGGGCAGCCUGUCCUGGUGACAGGUGGACUCGACAAUGCACUGAAGACCUGGAUGUUUGAUGAAACUCCAUUUUCUCCUGUCCCACGAAUUCUCCAUCAACGGAGCGGGCAUGCCGCACCAGUGAAGCGCUUGCAGUUCCUGCCGUCCGAUUUUGACGGACCCGAUGCCGGCAACAAAUGGAUUAUCAGCGGCGGGGAGGACCGUAGCUUGUGGGGCUGGAGCUUACGGCGAGACGGGCAGAGUACUGAACUCAGUCAGGGCAACAUUCGGCGGGACGCUAAGAAGCAUGGGAUGUUAUCUGCGAAAGCCCUGGCCCGCGGACCUACAACGACCCUCGAAGAUCUCAAGGCCCCCGAAAUUACUUGUAUUGCUAUCUCACUUAACCGAGACGGUGGCAUUGGCGCCAUCCCGGGCAAGCAGCCCAUCUGGCAGAAGCGGAGAGACCGCAAGGUGCAGGUCGAAGCCGAAGUUAGCGGAAUGACAGGCUGGGAAAGCGUUGUUACGGCCCACAAGGACGAUUUGUUCGCUCGCACGUGGUUCUGGGGCAGAAAGCGGGCUGGGCGGUGGGCUUUCCCGACAGGUGACGGUGCCAACGUCUCUACCGUGGCCAUCAGCCCAUGUGGAACCUUUGCCCUCGUCGGCUCCUCCGAGGGUGCACUCGACAUGUACAAUCUCCAGUCAGGCAUUCAUCGCCAACGGUUUCCUUCGAAGCUGUCUCCGGCUCAGGCUAGGCAGGUCAAGAUGCUGCAGCUCAAACAGGCCGACAGCACGAGCCAACUCGACUCUAGUCUAGGAUCUGGAUUUUUGCCUGGAACUGGACGGCACACCAAGGCCGUGACGGGCAUCAUUGUCGAUUCGCUUAACAAAACGGUCGUGUCUUGCUCCCUCGAUGGGAAGGUCAAGUUCUGGGACUUUGUAACUGGAGGGCUGCUGCGUCAGAUUGACUGGAGCUCAGUCCCUGUUACGGCAAGUCGGUAUUACGCGGCAAACGACUUGGUGGCCUUCGCUUGCGGCGACCACUCCAUUCGUGUUGUAGACAUGGGAACCAGACGAACCAUACGAGAAUUCUGGGGCUGCCAGGGGAAGGUAACCGACUUCUGCUUCUCUAACGACGGAAGAUGGAUCAUUGUGGCGUCCGAGGACUCGCUUAUCAGAGUUUGGGACCUUCCCACGAGCCACUUGAUCGAUGCCAUUCGCUUGGCUGCGCCUUGCGAGUCCCUGUCUACGUCAGCCACCGGCGAGUUCCUAGCGGCAUCUGUCCGUGGUGAGCUCGGUAUUUCCAUCUGGACGAAUAAGGCUCUGUUCAAGCAUGUUCCGGCGAGACAGAUUUCCGAGACGGGCGUUGCUCUGACUUCCGCUCCCACGGCCUCGGGAGAAGGCGGCCAAGGGCUUGUGGAAGCAGCUUUCGACGAGGAGGCCACCGUGGAAGAGGGCGAUGCCGUCGUCACACCGGCUAUCGACCAGCUCAGUGCCGACAUUAUGACGCUCAGUCUGGUGCCGAGGACCCGAUGGCAAACACUUUUACACCUGGAUCUAAUCAAGCAACGAAACAAACCGAUCGAACGGCCUAGCGCGCCGGAAAAGGCACCGUUCUUCUUACCGUCCCUGCAAGGAGACAAGUUGUCUGCCUUGGAGAAGGCGGCGGCGGCAGCCAAUGCGCCAGAGGCUACGUCCAAGAUCACUAGACUGGAACGGGGGCGUUUGCAAGAAUUAUUCACCAACAGGCUCUCCGAAGGCGCUGUUUCUGGAAAUUACGGCAACUUUAUCGAAUACCUAAAAUCACUCUCUCCUUCGAUGGCCGAUCUUGAGCUCCGCUCGCUUUCUAUUGGUGACGGCGGCGACAACGAGUCGAAUGGAUUGCUGCAUUUCAUUCGAGCACUGACGAGACGUCUUGGCGAACGUCGCGACUACGAGCUUACCCAGGCGUGGAUGGCUGUAUUCCUCCGAUUGCACUUUGACGUCGUCAUGGAAGGCGAAACGAUACUAGGGGCCCUCCAGGAGUGGAAGGAUCUCCAGGAAAGAGAGAGUAAAAGACUAGAUGAUCUUACAGGAUAUUGUGGCGGUGUUGUGGGCUUCCUUAGGAGUCCAAGGACAUGAUAGUCCGACUGUGUGGCUGAUAUUUUCGAACAAAUUCUCACGCGUCAUAUCCUUUUCCCCUUUGUGUCAUGGUGCCGUUGUUGCGUGAUAUUUCUGCAAGAAGACGAAGUCCUCUAUGAAUGCAUACUACAGACCUUUUUUGAGGACUGUGGUGCAUCUGGAAGGUUGCUGAGGUAAUAGAGAGGAGUUCCAAAGAAGCAUACCUACCUUAGGCGAAGUGUACCUUAAACAGCCCGACGGCUCCGACUUCAAAGCCGUUGCGUGUCUACCUUAGAGUACCUAUUUAAGUACCUAAGUCAUUACCUUAUUAAUUACCUUCCAGAGAGGGCUACCGCGAGUACUUUGUACUUACUCCGGACAUAUGGUUAUUG